GUUAUGUACGAUCAAAAAUGAAUCUCGCGAUAGAAAACGUAAUAUAAUAUGGGUAGUAUAUUAACAACCUUAGCUACCAUUGGUGUCACCAUAAUUUUUAUUCCUUUUCUGUUCUUUUGCUACGUGUACAUUUUUUUCAUUAUGCUCUUACUUAACAUUGUGCAUUCGUUUUAUAUUUUUAUAAUAAUGUUGCUCAACGAUUUUUCCGAUAGUACAAUUAUCGAUUAAAGUUGCAUACAUGUAUAUACGAUUUUGACGAUGCCGAUACCAAUUCAGAAACCGAAGAUAUGAUCGAGUUUAACAACUUAUAGCAUUUUUAUGUUAAAAUUUGUGAAAAUAACCGAUAAGGUUUUCUAAUGUUUGCAUACGAUACUGAAGAAUACAAUGUUCCUUUGUAAAAUGUUUAAAUAAAGUUCCUGUUUUUAUAAGUAUCAUUUUCUUUUAGUGCAUUUCGGGUUACAAGAAAAACAAUGCUAUAGGAUUAGGUUUUUGAGACUUCUUCUACGUUAGCCUUUUACACAAGUAGUUUGUGUGAGUUACAUCCAAGUACAUACUUUUUUCUGUAUUUCUUGAAGGCAGAGAGCAGAUUUUUAAAAUUUGCAAAAAAACGAUUCAUAUGUAUUUGGCGGUUCUACUCACACGAUAAAUUUAAAAUACAAAACUCAGCAGUCCAGGAGGAGCCGGUAUGAGGAUCGUAUGGCGUCGUAGAACGAAAACAUGGUAGAGGUGUAAUGGAUUUUAUUGUUCGCAUUACAAUUUGAUGAUCAAAAAUGUUAAUCAUCAUGAUUAUGUGAAAGUAAAUUGAUUAAAUAUAACAUCUUGGAUCUUAAACGGUAAAAGAAGCAGGUUUUCUUCGAUUAAAAGUCCUGUUGCUGCAAUGGUAACAAUAACGAAAUUCGUGCUCAUCGCAACCUUUUAUGGCAUUUUUACUCAAGUAACAGCAUCACGCGUAUUGGAAUUAAGUGACAGGUUUUUGGAUAUCCGUAAAGAUGGACAGUGGCUAGUAAUGAUAUAUGCACCAUGGUGUGCACAUUGCAAACGUUUGGAACCAAUUUGGGCCCAUGUUGCACAGCAUUUACAUGCAACAUCGAUAAGAGUAGGACGUGUUGACUGUACUAGAUUUACAAGUGUAGCUCAUGCGUUUAAAGUCAAAGGAUUUCCAACUAUUCUGUUUUUAAAAGGUGAGGAGGAAUUUGUAUAUCAUGGGGAUAGAACACGUGAUGAAAUAGUAAAAUUUGCAUUAAGAGUAAGUGGUCCACCUGUUCAAGAAAUAACAAAAACUGAAAGUUUUGAGACAAUUAAAAAAGAACGUGAUCUGUAUUUCUUGUAUGUUGGAGAAAAGUCUGGGAUAUUAUGGGAAUUUUACCAUAAGACUGCAAAUGUGUUCCAACCACAUGCAUUUUUUUAUCAAUCUCAUCCAAAUGUUGUUAGUCAGCAUGCUCCUGUAAAAAAUACUCCAGCAUUGUUUGUUUAUAAAGAAAAUUUACAUUAUAAUUUCACUGGUCAUCAUGAUAUAAGUGACAUAGAAAAAUUGAAUGAAACAGUGUACAAGUGGAUAAAUGCAGAACGUUUUCCUACAUUCCCAAAAGUUACACGUGGGAAUAUAAAUCAAUUGUUUCUUACAAAUAAAAAUCUAGUUUUGGCAGUAGUGGAAGAAAAUCAAUUAGAACAAGUACCUCCACAUAUGUCACAAUUCAAAGAUAUGGUAGAGUCUAUAAUUAAAAGUAAACGAGAAAAAUAUCACGAUCAUUUUCAGUUUGGUUGGAUAGCUAGUCCUGAUUUAGUCAAUAGUAUAGCAAUGAUGGUUUUGCCAUUACCAAGUUUAAUCGUUAUUAACACUACGACAAAUCAUCAUCACAUUCCAGAGGAUGAAGCAGAAAAACUGACUCCUCAUGUAAUAGAAUUGUUUUUAGAACAAAUUCGAAAUGAAAGUGCGCCGCGAUAUGGCGGAAACAGUUGGUUAAUACGUAUUUAUAGAUCAUGGUUUGAAUUAAAAACAACUCUUACAGCAAUGUGGAUGGGUAAUCCCAUUUUGACAAUGGUUUUAUUUGGUUUACCGGCUGGAUUUUUAUCGUUAAUAUGUUAUGGUAUUUGUUGUCCCGAUAUUUUAGAUGCGGACGACGAUGAAGAAGAUCAUCCAGGAGCAAAUCACAUGAAAAAAGACUAAAAUCAAUUGGUCAUUACAUUGUUGUAUCAAAGUUAGGAAAUUUUUUAACGAAAAGGGAUGUACAUUUUAUUUAGUUCUUCAUACUUUUUAAUUUUAGAUAGGUUUUGUCGAUUGAAUAUAAAAAAAAUUCUAAAUGUCUGAUAUUUUAUUUAUUAUUUUUUAGUGUAAAAAGUUUUAGUACCGACCGUUUAUGUAGUCAGCAAAGUGAAAAAGUUCUACAUAUUAGGUAGAGUAAUAUUAAACAUAAAUUAUCUGGGUAAAUGGAACUUUUGCAAGACAAUACUAAUUAUACAAUUAAAGAAGCUUUUUUAAAUCUUGUAAAAGAAUUUGUCUUGUGUUGUAAGUAAGUGGAACAUAAAAUGUAUUGAAGGAUUAUGUAAAGAAUAUGAAUGGUAACUAGUGUUUUGUGAAACCAAAAAUGUAUAUUUGUUUGUAUAAAUAUAGUAAAAUAUUAUGAAAUGUUUACGUAAGUUGUCAUGUAACUUUUUUAGAUGCUUAAUUUAAAGCAUCUAAAAAACAAAUUUUCUUAAAAGCAGGAAACUAUUAUGUGAUUUGAAUAUGUAUUUAUUUAUAUUUAAUAAAGAAAAU